CCGCGACUAUCCUCCCUCUUUUCUCUUUUCCCUUCUUUUUUGAAUCACUGAAGUCAUUCAUACUUCUCUGACUCUUGUUUACCAUGGCUGCCCUUCCUCGAUUCCCCAGUCUCCUCCGGACUUCCUCGCGCAUUGUGGCCCGACCACGCCGUCCCCUCAUCCCAAUCCCCGCACUGCGCACUCUGGCUACUAAACACCCGAAAGACUUCGUUCCUCCCACAGAAGAUGACCUGCUGGAGCUCCGGGAACGAGUUCAGGAAUUCACCAGGCGCGAGAUUCCCGAAGAGCUGGCCGCGCGGACAGAUUCCCAGAAUGAAUUCCCGGCGGAGAUGUGGAAGAAACUCGGGGAUGCUGGAUUUCUAGGCAUCACCGCGAAUGAAGAGUACGGCGGCCUCGGCAUGGGCUAUCAAGCCCACUGCAUUGUCAUGGAAGAAAUUAGCCGUGCAUCUGGCAGCAUCGCCCUCUCCUACGCCGCCCACUCCCAGCUGUGCGUGAACCAGCUCUCCUUGAACGGAAGCCCCGAGCAAAAAGAGCGGUUUCUCCCUGGUCUCCUGUCGGGCGACAAGGUCGGCGCCCUCGCCAUGUCCGAACAUUCGGCCGGGUCCGAUGUCGUGAGUAUGAAGACCACUGCCAAGGCUGUUGACGGGGGCUGGCUCUUGAAUGGGACGAAGAUGUGGAUUACAAAUGGCCCCGAUGCGGACUAUGUGGUGGUUUAUGCCAAAACAGAGCCCGAGAAGGGGUCCAAAGGCAUUACUGCGUUUGUGGUGGAGAAAGGGUCCCAGGGAUUCUCGUGCGCGCGCAAGUUGGAUAAGCUGGGCAUGCGGGGGUCUAAUACCGGCGAGCUGGUCUUCGAGGAUGUCUUCGUGCCCAAGGAAAAUGUUCUCGGGGAAGUCAACCGCGGCGUCAGGGUGUUGAUGGAGGGAUUGGAUCUGGAACGCUUGGUCCUCAGUGCAGGUCCUCUUGGAAUCAUGCAAGCGGCGCUAGAUCUGGUGCUGCCCUACACGCACGUCCGCAAGCAGUUCGGUAUGCCAAUUGCGCACAACCAGCUGAUCCAAGGCAAGUUGGCCGAUAUGCAUACGAAACUCGCGGCGUCGCGGGCCUACACAUACGCGACUGCGCGACAGAUCGACAACUCCGCCGGCUCUCCGUCCGGGGCUGUCAUUCGCACGCAGGACUGCGCCGGGGCGAUUCUGUAUGCCGCGGAACGGGCUACGGAGUGCGCGCUCGACGCCAUCCAGCUGAUGGGCGGGAACGGAUACAUCAACGAGAUCCCGGCGGGGAGAUUACUACGAGACGCGAAGCUGUAUGAGAUUGGUGCCGGGACGAGCGAGAUUCGCCGCAUGGUGAUCGGGCGGGCAUUCAACAAGGAGUAUGCAUAGACUCAAGACUAGUCAUAGGUCUGUGAUAUCUGAUCGGUAUAAACACAAGUGCAAGAAGAAUCAUAACAUCAUAACGCU